AGGAGAGCGACAGAGGCUACUCACAAACGAGGACAAGAACAAGUCAGGCAAGAUGGUGAACGUUGGAAUCAAUGGAUUCGGCCGUAUCGGUCGUUUGGUGACCCGGGCUGCAUUCAAUACUGGACGUGUCAAGAUUGUUGCCAUCAAUGACCCCUUCAUUGAUGUAGACUACAUGGUGUACAUGUUCAAGUAUGACUCCACUCACGGACGUUUCAAAGGUGAAGUGAAAGCCGAGAACGGAAAGCUUGUCGUCAACGGCCAUGCUAUCACGAUCUUCCACGAGAGGGACCCUGCCAGCAUUAAGUGGGGCGAAGUUGGUGCUGACUACAUUGUGGAGUCCACUGGUGUUUUCACCACCAUCGAAAAGGCCUCUGCUCACCUUAAUGGGGGUGCCAAGAGGGUUGUCAUCUCUGCCCCUAGUGCUGAUGCCCCCAUGUUCGUGGUGGGUGUCAACCACCACAACUAUGACACCUCCAUGAAGGUCGUCAGCAAUGCCUCCUGCACAACCAACUGCCUGGCCCCCCUGGCCAAGGUCAUCAAUGACAACUUCCACAUUAUUGAAGGUCUCAUGAGCACAGUCCAUGCCGUCACGGCCACCCAGAAGACAGUGGAUUGUCCCUCUGGCAAGCUGUGGCGUGAUGGGCGUGGCGCCAGCCAGAACAUCAUUCCCGCUUCUACUGGUGCCGCCAAGGCUGUGGGCAAGGUCAUCCCUGAGCUGAACGGCAAGCUGACAGGCAUGGCCUUCCGUGUUCCCACUCCCAAUGUGUCUGUAGUUGACCUGACUGUCCGUCUGGAGAAGCCCGCUAAAUAUGAAGACAUCAAGAGGGUGGUUAAGGAGGCAGCUGAAGGACCCAUGAAGGGAAUUCUGGGAUACACAGAGGAUCAGGUGGUGUCCACAGACUUCAACAGUGAGGAGCGUUCUUCCAUCUUUGAUGCUGGUGCUGGAAUUGCUCUCAAUGACCACUUUGUCAAGCUGGUUUCAUGGUAUGACAAUGAAUUCGGAUAUAGCAACCGUGUCAUUGAUCUCAUCUGCCACAUGGCCUCCAAGGAGUAAAGCUGUCAGAUUCCUCUGACCACCGUCAUGUGACUUCCCUUCCCGACUGACCCAUUCACCAAGCCAUCUGUGAAAGCAUCCCUAUUUUAAACAAAUUUGCAGCCUUUUUAAAAGCACU